AAUCAACCGAUUAGUUAUUUAACCAACAUUUAACAACGUGAACUUUGAAAACGUUCCUCGAGACACAACGUAUCCAUGACGACGUCGUGUCUGUUAGUCCGAGUUUAGGGCACAAAAAUGCCAUCACACUUGGUGUUACACCGAAAUCCGCCCGCCCUGCAUUUCCGCCGGGUUGCAUGCGCGCAGCAGUUCCUAGCUGUCACCAUCCACCUAACCUCAUCGGACGGGAGUCCCACAUGAAGGUGAGGGAGGGGUCGCGCUGUUGUUCGUGUACCUGAGACGCCUGGGCCCCCGGUGUCGUUAGCACACACACACACACACACACACACACAGGCGGUGUGUGUGAGGACGAAGAGCCGGCUGCUACAAGCAUGAAGAGGCUCCCGGUGCUGUGGCUGCUCCUCUGGGUGUGCGCGCUCUACUCCGCGGGAAUCUACCUGUUCGUCGGCGGCUUCCUGCUGGUGAGGCUGGAGGUGAACCGCACCAGCACCUGCGGAGACGUGCUGCAGCCCGGGGCGGAGCCGGCAGACUUCUGCCGCGUCCGGCCGCGUUUCCGCCGGGCCGUCCUCCUCAUCGUCGACGCCCUCAAGAUCGAUUUCGCCUGGUUCGAUCCGGACAACGCCGCGCCGCGACCUUACGAGAACAAGCUGCCGGUGCUGGAGGAGACUGUGUCCUCCAGGCCCGCGCACAGCCGCCUGUACCCGUUCCGCGCGGACCCGCCCACGACCACCAUGCAGAGGAUCAAGGGCUUCACCACCGGCUCCCUGCCCACCUUCGUGGACGUGGGAAACAACUUCGCGUCCAGUGCCAUCCUGGAGGACAACCUCAUCCACCAGUUCGGGCAAGUGGGCAAACGGGUGGUGUUCAUGGGCGAUGACACGUGGGAGAACCUCUUCCCGAAGAAGUUCCACCGCUCGCUGCCCUUCCCAUCCUUCAACGUCAAGGACCUGCACACGGUGGACAACGGCAUCCUCCAGCACCUCUACACCACCAUGGUCAGCGACGAUUGGGACGUCCUGGUUGCCCAUUUCCUCGGCGUGGACCACUGCGGCCACCGGUUCGGUCCCGACCACCCGGCCAUGGCCGACAAGCUCACCCAGAUGAACGGCGUCAUCAGGUCUGUGAUGGAGCGCCUGCAGAAUGACACGCUGCUGGUGGUGAUGGGGGACCACGGCAUGACGGACACCGGAGACCACGGCGGGGAGAGUCAGAAGGAGACGGACGCCGCCAUCUUCCUCUACAGCCCCUCGCCUCUGUUCCCUGCAGCCCCGACGCAGAGCGAACCGGACGUGGUGCCCCAGACGGACCUGGUCCCCACCCUGGCUCUGCUGCUGGGGGUUCCCAUCCCGUACAGCAGCGUGGGGCAGGUUCUGCUGCCCGUGUUCCCUCCCCACGGGCAGACGGAGGGCGCAGUCGGAGGUCUCAGCCAGCUGGAGGCGCUGUGGAUCAAUGCAAAACAGGUCAACCGUUUCCUGGAGACGUACUCCGGCAUGGCCAAAGACAUCCCACCUGAGAGCCUCUCUCAGCUGAAGGCCGACUUCUCCCGCCUCUCCUCAGAGUACCUCGCCACGGUUCAACAGGGUCGGCCCCCGUCCCCACAGCUGGCCGCCUCGCUGCAGGCCUACCUCUCAUCUGUGAGGGACACCUGCCGAGCCACCUGGGCUCGGUUCAACCCACUCAAGAUGGCGGCGGGCCUCGCCAUCCUGGCGUUCGCCUGCCUGACGUGUUUUGUCCUGUCCGAGCUGUCCGCCUCACUGAUCAGGGAGGACGGCCCUGGACUGCGGGCCCCAGUUGUCGCGGCACUGAUGGCGGGGGGGUGCGCGGCCGCCGGUCAGCUGAGCGCACGGGGCCACGUGGAAGUGGCGUGGUGCCUGGCCGCCGCCGCCCUCAGCUCGGAGCUGCUCUUCCUCUGGAGGGCUCGCCGAUCGGGGGUCGCCGGUGCAGAAAAGAUGGGCCCCGCGUCCAGCUGGCUGACCCCGCGGCGCCUCCUCGCCCCCCCGCUCCUGGUGCCGCUCCUCCGCUGCGCCUCCUUGCUCUCGGACAGCUACGUGAUCGCUGAGGGCCGCGCCGUGACCUUCCUGGUGCUCUCCCUGGCCCUCUAUAUUCCCAUCCGUCUCAACUGGGACGGCCUGCUCCUGCCCCCCAGCCACGACCCCCUGAAGGCGGCAGGGAUCCUGCCGCCCCCGGCCCUGUCCCCGUCCACGGUGAGGAAGGAAAGCGGCACCCUCCUGGCCUGCCUGGGGCUCCUCGUCGGCAGCCUGUACCUCUCCCUCUCCUUCCACGCCUGCCGGGAGGAGCAGGGCUCCUGCCAGCCGUCUCCCUUCCUGUCCCCCCUCUCGCGGCUGCAGGACAGCCGGCUGAAGAACCUCCACUACGUCCUCUCCGUCUGCGCCCUCGCGCUGUGGACGUAUCUGCUGCGCCGCUGCCUCCGCCACUAUGGCAACCUCAACGCUGCGAGCGGGGCGGUGUUCGCGGCCCGCUGGGUCCUCCUGCUGCUGUCCGUGUGCCUGGCGCUGUACUGGGCCGUCAGCGCCACCCCGGAGGACAGCUUCAGGAAUCUAGCCAAGCUUAUCGCCGUGGCCCAGCUGGCCCUCCCCAGGGCGGCCUUCUGCCUCCUGGGUUUGGGUCUGGCUCUGAUCUGGCUCGACCCCCUCACCGUGUACGCAAAGACCAAGGCGCAGGCCUCGGCCCGAGGUCCCUCGCUGCCGCCGCGCUACCGGGCCAGCACGGGCAUCAGCCCCCAAGCCGAGCUGCACCAUCUCAUCCCGCAGAUCUACCAGCGCAUGCGUCGCUCCCUCGACGACGGGGAGCUGAGCGCGGGCGGCGAGGCGGACGGCCGGCCCGCCGUGGAGGCCUACGGGCUGGGGACGGUCUACUCGGCCCCUUUGGUGCUCUUCUGUGGCCUGCUGGGGAUGGGACUCCUGCUGCUGCACCCGGAGGGCAUGGCCCUGUCCUUCCUCCUGCUGCUGCUGCAGAUGGGGGCGCUGCUACACAUCCACGCCGCCUCCACCACGCUCAGCGGCCUGCACGGGACGGGUUCCGGUGGCUUUAAUGUGCCCUGGACUCCAGUGGUGCUGUGGUCGCUGGCUGCCACUCAGUUCUUCCACGCCACGGGUCACCUCCCCACCUUCCCCUCCAUCCAGUGGGGCGCUGCCUUCGUGGGAUUCCCCGACGGACACACAGGCACCGUGCUGCCCGCCUCCCUCGUUACCCUCAACACUUUCGCCUCACACAUCCUGUUCUCUGCGGGGUGCCCGUUGCUGCUCUUCUGGCCCCUGGUGUGUGAGGUGCGCGGGGGCCGGCCAGGAGCAGCCUGCGGCAAGGAGGGGGAAAACGCCGUGAUGGAGAUGAGGCUGAGGGAAAACCCCCAGCAGUUCAGCUCGGCGCUGCUGCAGCUCUCCGCGCGCUACCUAUUCGUCCUCGGAGCGCAGGUCUUUGCGUCGGUGUGUGCUGCUGCCAUCCUCAGGAGACACCUAAUGGUGUGGAAGGUGUUCGCGCCCAAGCUCAUGUUCGAGGCCUCUGGGUUCCUGGUGAGCAGCGCGGCUCUGCUGAUCGGGGUCACGUUGGUGCUGCGGGUGGACGUGGCCGUGGGCCGCUGGUUUAAGAGACUCGUCCCCGAGGCGUCCAGGUAGCGACGGACCCCCCCCCCCUCCCAGCUCGCUGUGCCCCAGAGAUAACGAACUGGCUGGGACACUGUAACAUUUAUUUUCUUCUUUUGACUUGGAUCCUUCAUAACUAAAUAGGGAAAUAUUGCCAUCUGUGUCUAGGAUCUUUGCAAACAUGUCGCGUGAGGUCACUUCCUGUGACUCCUGGAGGAUUGCGUCAUGCGUUACUGAAGGCCUCCUCUUCAGGGCCUCAAGUACUAGACCGCAAAUCGCAUUGAAGAGUUUUUCUGUUUUUUUGACCAAGACGAUGUUCUUGUAGACGGCGUCGCCCAGCGCAUGAGGUGGAAAGCUUUUAUUUGUACUCGCUCACAGAAGGAACGGCAGCCUCUACGUUUUCUUCCCUGGAGCAUGGAUGAAAGCUUCCGAGGGCGGGCUCGCAAAGGACCUUCACAGGAACCAGUUUACACGAGUAACAGAAGGGCCACAGCUGGAUAGCAAAGGUGUUGACCUGUUUCAAGUUGAAUGGAAUAGAAAUGAAAAGAAAUAACUACGAGGUCUGGAGCUGCUUCUUGAUCUGAUCUCACGUCUGCUCCAUUUGCAAGUGCUGGAAAAACCUUCUUUUGUACUUUUUGUAUUUUUAGGAUGUUGAAAUAACCAACACAUCUGGUUACUGCCAACUUGCAUUGUAUUGCUGUGAACCUUUUUUAAAAUCUUUUUAUUUUUUUAUUAGUUUUGUGAUUCCUGAUUCUAUUUAUAACUCAUUCUUUUAAAUUACCAAUCAUACGAUUAAAAAAAAAAAAAAAAAAAAUUGAAGUUUGAAGUUUUGUUACUUUGGGACUAGACCCCUAAUUCUUGUUCUCCGUUCUGACCUGAUGCCUCCCCCCCCGCCCCCCCCUCCUGAAUGAGGUAAUGUCACUACGCUGACCUCCUUAAAUCGCCGUAGGCCGGCUGUGGAUUGAUGUGUGCGGCGGGUGGCGCUCGCUGCUCGCCGUGAGGUGUGUGAGGUGUGUGAGGUGUGUGAGGUGUGUGAGGUGUGUUCCCGCGUGCAGCUAACACACAUAGAGUUGGCCACAAAGCAAAAGCUGCUUGCAGCGGGCGACCGGUCAUUUAGGCAAAUAGUGACCGCUGGGCUGCAGGAUGACACGGUGCUUUUUUCCCCAUUUGAAAAUGUCUAAUAUACUAAUAUCUGAUUAAUUUGGAAUUUUAAGUUUUUCAUUGUGUAAAAGAAAAGAUGUAAUAAAACCAUUUUUAUGUGACGUCUCUUGAUAAUUUGGAUGCAUCUCCAGGUUGCCCCGUUUGCAAUAUAAGGUUCCACUGCUUCAACUUGAUUUAUUGCUGCAGAACAAACGAUGUAUCUGGUGCUCAAAAGUAGACUUUAAUGUUUAGUUCAUUGAUCCGAGGACUUGAAGGAGAGUUAGGCAGCUGCCAAGAGUUUUUUUUACUGUGGCUCUUCAUCCAUUAUUCACUGUUGCGUUUCAACAUUUCCUCUCCUCAUCAGUCUGGAAGUCGUCAAAACAUGUCCCUUCUACGAAGGUCAAACUCCUAAUCAAACCGCUCCGUUUCAUUAGAUAUCUUUGUAUUUGCCCUCUGAGGUCCGUAGUGCCACUUCCCUCACUGAAUGGAGGUCACCCAAAAGUCAGAGGGUUUUGGUUCAAUGCCCAAAACAUUCUGUGCUUCAGUAAGCUUGAGGGAUUUAAAGGUUCUUUCUUACGUUCUUUGACGAACGCAAUGGAUGUGCAGCAGCAACAACAACAACAACAACACAAGAGGAGAAUCUACUUUGUGUUUUAUUGUAGACAGUCAGUCGGGGUCACACACCAAUUCUAUCCCCUCCUGUAGCCUCUAAUCAGGCCACGUCCUGCUGCUAAGCCCCUCCCACUUCUCAGCAAUUAUCCGUUUGAGCCAGAAAAGUAAACUUUAAAAAUAAUGUCAGGCUGCUCUUUGAAGCUUUUGGAUGUCUUAUUACUUGACAGAUGGAUCCCCAUUACGAAUGUGCAGCAGCUCUCAUUCGAGGCGUCGGUGCUCCUCUAAUGGCUCAUUAUCCGAUGCACGCGCCCGCCUUUGGACAACAACACCAGAGCUC